AUGCUCCUUGAGCUAUUUCAUCUCUCUCAGCGGUGUCUUGCGCGUCCAAAUGUCUAUUCACAGCGAACUGCCCUCAGAUUUAGAACACUAGCAACAGAAGCAAGUAAUAAAACAACCCGAAUAGUCGCCGCGACCAUUCUCAACCGCGCACCUUUUCUCACUCCAACCCCUGACCCGUUUGAACAAGCCUACUACGACUACCAAGCGCGUCUAGCCCGCGCAAUAUCCUCUCCACUCCCUACCGAUGUAUAUUUCAAGCCAGGCUCACUGCUCGAGCGACGGUUUGCGUUGGAAGAACGGCAGCGUGAAAAGGCGGCGUUUGGCGAGGAUUUUACACCAAUCAUCAGUCUCCCUGUGGAUGAGGAUGGAAAAGGUGGUGGGAAAAGUCUAGCAGAUCAACUAGCAGAAGAAGCUGGUUUGGAGGAGCCUCCCCAGCCCCGAAUACACCGUGCAGAUAAGGAAAAGGACGUAAAGAGUCUCGAUCGCGCUGGAGAGCGGAAUCUUUAUCUAUUGGUCAAGAAGGAUCGCAAGGCAAAUAGUUGGCAGUUCCCACAGGGUGGGCUCGAAAACGACGAAGCGUUGCACAAGGCUGCGUUGCGCGAACUCAAGGAAGAAUGCGGGCCGAAUAUGGAUGUGUGGAUGGUGGGACGACAGCCUAUCGGUCAUUAUGCCUAUGAAUAUCCGACGGAGAGCCAACGCGAUGGACAUUUGGGUGCCAAGGUAUAUUUCUUCAAGGGCCAUAUCCUAGCCGGUCAAUGUCGCCCAGACGGAAAGGAGGUUGUCGACUUUGCAUGGCUCACCAAAGAGGAAGUGCAGCAAUACGUAGAGCCACACUAUUGGACAGCGAUCAAGGACAUGCUCUCGGAUUCGUGA